UAUGUGAGCAUCAUCUCAACGCAGCAACUACGCAGCUGCACCUUCAAAUCGAAACUAAACCCAUAGAAAGUUUGCUCUUUUCACAUACCAUAUUUCGGUUAAUGAGGCUGCGUUGCACUUGUUUUGAACUAAAAGCAUCAUUUUAAACAGGACGAGACGUUAUGGCAUUGAGGGCGUGUGGAUUUAUCAUUUUUCGUCGUUUGGCCCAACAGCCUCCACCAGAUAAUAUAGAGUUUUUACUGCUGCAGACUUCUUAUGGGGAACACCAUUGGACACCACCCAAAGGUCACGUUGACCCUGGAGAGGACGAUUUGACCACCGCCUUGCGAGAAACGCAGGAGGAAGCGGGUUUGGGUAAAGACCACCUGCGUCAGGUGGAGGGCUUCCUGCAGAAGCUGCAUUAUCAGGUACGGGGUAAAGACAAAGACGUCCUCUACUGGUUGGCUGAACUCCGUGACCCAAGCACAAAGGUCAUUCUCUCAGAGGAGCACCAGGACUACCGCUGGGCCAAACUACAGGAGGCAUGCCAACUAGCGAAAUACAAGGAUUUACAGGAUACACUUCAAGCAGCACAACGAUUUCUAGAAACAGAAGGCAAACUGUAACAAUGACAUAUAAGCUCAGAUGAAUAGGCCAAUCUUCCUCUUUGAAAGUAGUUAUCUAGCAUUGAAUUUUGCAGAGGAACAUCUGACAUAUUUCCAGUUUGCUGCUUCAGGGCUUUAAAUGUCCUAAGCUAACAAGAGGGAAUUGAAUUUGACCUAAAACUGGAAAUAGACCACAUCUAAUUUAUCGAUGAAUAGUAAAAAAGCAUUUUAAGUGCAAUAAUAUGCAUUAUCCCGUAAGGAGACACUGUCUUUGGUUAUUGCUAUAACACAUUUCAUUACACAAUUACUUAUUGGCGUUGUUUGAAUUCUGUAUGUUUAGGUUACUGGUAAUCACAGUGGUGUUUUAGAAUAUGCCUGAUCUCUUAAAGUGAUAAUUCACCCAAAAGUGAAAAUUUUGUCAUUAUUUAUUCACCCUCAAGUUCUUCUAAACUUGUAUAAAUUAGUUUGUUCUGUUAAAACAGGUGCACGUUUGACUUCCACAGUAGGAAAAACAAAAACUAUGGAAGUCAAUGGUGGUUUUGUUACAACUUGCUUUAAAAUAUCUUCCUGUGUUUAGCAGAACAAAUAAAUUAAUACAGGUUUGCAACAACUUGAGCAUGAGUAAAUGAUUUUUGGGUAAACUAUUCCUUUAAGUAUAAAGGAGAAAUAUUUAAAUAUUUUAUACAUCCAAAGUUUUUCAUUGCAAGAUAUUUUUACCAUCUUGAUUCAUGUAAACUGUUCUAAAUAAAUUAAAAUACAACCAGUGAUGGCAUUAA